AUGUCGCAAACCGUUGGCCUGACUCGCCUCUCCUACUCCCGGGUAUGGCACCACGUCUCCGCCUCAACUCCCCACGAAACCCUCUCCACCCAGCCGGGCGUCACCCCCCCGUCCCUCGGCCGCCUCGCUUCGCGCAUCGCCGUGCUGCUAAUGGGCAAGCACAAGCCGACCUGGGACCCAUCGACGGACUGUGGCGACUACGUCGUCGUGACUGACUGCGCGGCGCUGCACGUCACGGGCCGCAAGAAGUGGCAGAAGACGUACUACCGGCACAACACCCGUCCAGGCUCGCUGCAGGCCGUCACCAUGGACGUACUGAUGGAGAAGCACGGCGGCGCAGAGGUGCUGCGCAAGGCGGUCAGCGGCAUGCUGCCCAAGAACAGGCUGCGCGCCCCGCGGCUGGCGAGGCUCAAGGCGUUCGAGGGCGAGGCGCACCCCUAUAAGAAAAACGUGAUCCGGUUCGGAGGCGUCCCCGUCGGGCAGCACGGGUGGGAGGAGCAGGUCAAGGCGAUUCGGGAGGCGGACUCGGAGAGGAUAUGA